GUGUGUUCACAUGCGAGCUGGUGGCGACGUCAGAGGCACCUUGAACUUUUCUACGCCUCCUAGGCCACCUCGCAAGCCACGCAAUAUGCUAUACACAACCACCAGCUGCCAGUGCUUCCGUUCCCUCGUAGUAUACUGAGGAUAGCAGCAUUAUGGAUCUUGCUCCAUGAUGGCCCGGAAUGAUGAAUCCACAACAGCUUCCAUGUCAACCCACGCCAACCAGUAUAUCCGCGAGUUCCUCCACGCACAGGAGAGACCGCCUGAGAUAGCAGCGCGGUACUUCUAUUCUGCUCCCCUAGCCAUCGAUGAUCCUCUGUCACCGCUGCCUCCGCCGAGCACCGGCUCGUCCACCCGCAGGCAUCCACCUCGACCCUUUUCGAAAUAUGACAAUCACUCGUUGAACAAUACAUGGCUAGAUUUGCGGCGGGAGAUUCUUAAGUAUACCGAGAAUGCGGGCGAGAAGACAGGGUCGCUGGAUGCUGCUGGCAGCUCCACGUCAGCUUUCCCUCGAAGGAGAACGAGACGAAAUGGUUCCAGCUCCGCGGAUGACAGUUCACGCGCAACGUCGAAGGCUAGAGACAUACCCGUCGGAACUGCAAGAGCCAAUCGAGCAAGCACAUCGUCUGCAGAAGGGUCCUUGCAGCGGAAUAAGGAAAUUGUGGAUGGUGCUGCAAGUAGCCUUACUGGUUCGUUGCGUGCGUUGGACCCAGCAGAUGCGUCUGGUAGCUUGGAUAACACAAACACGACCGGGACUCCCUUCAUAAGAGCUCCGUCCAGGAAACAUCUGCCGACGGUGGGUAUGCAAAGACUGCCAGAGGGUAGACAGCGUCCCGCCGCUCGCGAGCUAGAUAGCUACAAAUGGGAUGACGAGGAAGACGCAGACGCCACAAAACAUAAGAAUGGUAGCGGGCGGGGAUCGAAGAACACCCCCGCAAGUCCCUCAGCUAAGGUCCCAGUGGGAGUGUCGAGACUACAUAACGUGGUCUUGAGCGCCGAAAACAUACGUAUGGAGCCAAUAUAUUGGUCUCCGGUGAACGACAUCGCCCAGGUUGUUCGUGGGACUUGGUUUUACAAGGACAGCAUGCUGCCGGUAGAGGGAGAUGUGGCCAACAUGCUCGAACUUGGAUAUGUCGAGCUGCGGCCUUGGUCACAGACCUGGAAUGACGAGCUUAAUAGCGCCGUUGAGGUUGGUGCACAUGGGGAGAUGAAAAUAUUGCAUAAACUGUGGCCAGAGAAGCCGCCGCAGGUAGACAGCCGGCCUGCCACAUCAAGUGAGAUGAGUGCUGGUUUAGUCGUCAACACUCUCGACGUUACCCCUGACACGCCGGAAAAGGAGAGGGAAGAGACAGUGCAGAUUGCUUGCGAUCUCAUUGACGUCUCAACUGGCGCCGAUGGUCCAGAUAAUAAGGCAGGUGGCGAAAACCAGUUCGGUGCGGAUGGAAGAUUGCGACAAUACUUGAAAGCUGGAGUUAUUUAUGCUAAUGAGAAGGAAGCGUAUUUGUUGCGACCUAAUCUUCAACCGUCGGCGUAUUAUGGAAGAAGACCGUUGGCCAAUUAUAUCCGCAAAGGAAGGCCGAUUGGUAUAUGUGUUACAAGAGGCUUCGACCAGGAAAUAUGGGAUCGUCUACACCCACCGAAGAAGAGCACAAGAGCUACGAAAGCUCGUGAAGGGGUGUCAACAGCUCAAGCAGGGGCAUCCUUCGGCAGACGACAAGAAGAUGACCUAGAAAUUGCACAGUCGGAGAGGCCACAGGUCACAGAUCUAGUCUUGGUCAUUCAUGGCAUCGGUCAAAAGCUCUCUGAACGAAUAGAGACAUAUCAUUUUACUCACGCGAUCAACGCCUUCAGACGAGAGGUAAAUGUUGAGUUAGGUACCGACAGCGUAAAGCGAAAUCUACGAAAGGAUAUGGGGGGUAUAAUGGUUCUACCUGUAAACUGGCGUCUGCGAAUCUCCCUAGAAGAUGAAGCUAAGAAGGACCCUACUGAAGCUGAAGACCCUUCCGUGAACCAGUAUACGCUUAAAGAUAUCACGCCAGACACUCUAGCCUCAGUCCGCGGCAUCAUAAGCGAUGUCAUGCUCGAUAUCCCCUACUACCUCUCUCAGGAACACAACCCGAGGAUGGUCGCAGCAUGCGUUCAGGAGGCCAACCGUAUAUACCGCCUUUGGUGCCUGAACAAUCCAGGAUUUGCGGAAUGGGGACGAGUCCAUCUCGUCGCCCACUCACUGGGCAGCGUAAUGGCAGUUGACAUUCUCAGCCAACAGCCUAGCCACCUCCCCCGACACCUCGGCGACCCUUCAACCCCUGAAUCAUCACUUCCUAAGUCUCACUUCAUCUUUGACACGAAAUCUCUCUUCCUUUGCGGAAGCCCUGUGGGCUUUUUCCUGCUCCUCAAGAAAGCUGCCCUACUUCCCCGCCGCGACCGCCGCAAACCGGGCGUGGACUCCUAUACUGCCACUACUCCCGGCGUCGCAGGCGAGCAAGGCACCUACGGCUGCAUCGCCGUCGACAACGUCUACAACAUCGUCAACCCGUACGACCCAGUCGCGUAUCGCGUCAACGCGGCCAUCGACGCCCCCUACGCAGCCACGCUCAAACCCGCCACCGUCCCCAGCGCAUCACCAGGCUGGUUCUCGCUCUCGUCCCCCUCAACCUCCUCCCUCGCGCACCCCAUCUCGUCCGCCGAGUCAGCCAUUGGCAUCAAACCAUCCACCACGGUGCGCCUCCCUUCCAACGUGGAACUGGAGACGCACAACUUCUCUCGCGAAGAGAUUGCGGAGAAGCGUGUUUACCUGCUUAAUGAUAACGGCCAGGUGGAUUUCAUGCUCAAGUAUGGUGGCGGUGCGUUUGAGAUCCAGUAUUUGACGAUGCUGGGCGCGCACUCGAGCUAUUGGCUUAGCAGGGAUUUUGUGAGGUGUAUCGUGCAAGAGGUUGGGCGGGGGUUUGGGAAGCAGGGGACGUUGGCGGCUAUGAGGGCUGUGAAGAAGAAGGGGGCGCUGGGAUAGUGGAGCAUGAGUAGUUGAGAUGAUGCCGCGAGUCGUGUAUUAGAUGGUGUCUAUGAUCGAGGUUGUUAGAGAGGGGGUUGGUGUGAAGCUGGUAGGUUGUAGGGAAAGGUGAUCGACUUGAAAAAGAGAGUCGGCUGGCAUUUGCAUGCUCGGCGACG